AUGGAUGAUAUACCAUUAGUUGUGGCUUCAGCCCAGUACAACAGUGCAGAUGAAGAAGAUAUCCCACUUGUUGCCAAAAAAUCGCACGCUUCUAAAGCUUCUGUAUACUCUCUCGAGUCGAUUGAGGAAGUUGAUGAUAUAAAUCCAUUCCUUGACCCCGACGUCGCCACUUAUUAUAGGCAAGUCUAUGACCAAUCCCAAUACGAGUGUAGGGCUUACUUCGAUCCGGAAUUGAGGUGGUCCAAAGAAGAGGAGAAGGAUGUUCUUGGUAAACUUGACAGGAAAGCGGCAUUGUUUGCCUGUAUAAUGUUUAUAGGAUUACAAAUCGAUCGAGGUAACCUAGGACAAGCUGUAAGUGACAAUAUGCUCAAUGACUUGAACUUAACCACAGACGAUUAUAAUACUGCUAAUACUAUAUUUCUAAUUAUGUUUAUAUUAGCAGAAUUGCCAUCGCAAUUGAUAUCCAAGUGGAUGGGUCCCGAUAGAUGGAUCCCAUUGCAGAUGAUAUCAUGGAGUGUUAUCGCAUCUUUGCAAUCAUUUGUGACAGGCAAGAAGUCAUUCUUUCUUGCAAGGGGAUUGACCGCAUUAUUGCUGGGAGGAUUCAUCCCUACUAUGGUACUUUGGUUGUCGUAUUUUUAUAAGUCUUCGGAACUCCCACUCAGAUUAUCAUGGUUCUGGACAACUUUAUCUCUAGUUCAAAUAACUACAUCAAUUUUAGCAUUUGGCAUACUAAGAUUGCGGGGCCUCUUAGGGUGGGAAGGGUGGAGAUGGCUAUUUCUCAUUGAAGGUGGCUUUACAUUCAUAAUUGGGAUCUGUUCCAUUCACAUGAUGGUCCCUUCGAUUGUCCAUACUAGAACAUUAUUCACGCCUAGAGGAUGGUUCAACGGUAAUGAAAGGGAGCUCAAAAUUGCAGUCAACCGUAUUUUAAGAGACGAUCCUACCAAAGGAGACAUGAAUAACCGCCAGUCCAUAAGUCUUGCUGCUACAUUGCAAUCAUUAUUGGAUUACGAUUUGUGGCCUGUGUAUUGUAUUGGGCUAAUUGCGUACAUUCCAACAAAUACGGUGAGCAAUUACUUGACCAUUACAUUGAAAAAUCUUGGCUGGUCCACCUUCAAUGUCAACUUGUUGACUAUUCCGCAUAACUUAUUUCACAUCGUUAUGUUGCUUGGUGUGACCAAGUUUUCCGAAAGAUUGAAUGAACGUCUGUUGAUUUCCUUAUUGGUCCCGCUUUGGUUGUUACCAUUAUUGGCCAUUUUGUGCUGGUGGGAAGGCUCUAUGGUGAACGCUUGGGGAACCUGGGUCUUGUGUAACCUUAUCUUAGGUGCUCCUUAUAUCCACGCCAUCUGUGUGUCAUGGGUUUCAAGAAACUCAGGCAGUAUAAGAACCAGGUCCGUCUCGUCUGCUGUGUACAACAUCUGUGUACAGGCCGGAGGAAUAAUUGCAGCAAACGUUUAUAAGUCCGAUGACGCACCUUUGUACAAAAGAGGAAAUUUAAGACUAUUCUGGAUUUCUUUUACGUUGAUUCCAUUGUUAUUAGGGACUAAGUGGUACUAUACAUGGAGAAAUGCCACCAAGGAGAAGAUAUGGAAUUCCAUGAGUCCCGAGCACAGGUACAUUUAUAUGAACAAAACAAGCGAGGAGGGAAACAAGAGGCUUGAUUUUAGAUUUGCAAGCUGA